GCUGCUUGCUGUCCCGGGCGAAGAGCUGCACCGAGUGCAUCCGAGUGGACAAGGACUGCUCCUUCUGCACCGAUGAGAGCUUUAAAGAGCCUCGUUGCGACUUGCGGGAGAACUUGCUGCGGUACGGCUGCGGGGAGGCCAGCAUCAUGUACACCUGGGGCGAGAUGCGCACCGAGCAGAAUUUCAGUAUCAACACAACCCUGAAGAGGACCCAGGUGUCCCCCCAGAGCAUGUUUGUGCGGCUGCGAGCUGGGGAGGAGAUGAGCUUCAACAUGGAUGUCUUCCAGCCCUUGGACAGCCCUUUGGAUCUCUACAUUCUCAUGGACUUCUCCUACUCUAUGUCUGAUGAUCUGGACAACCUCAAAAGCAUGGGCCAAAAGCUAGCUGGGUUCCUGCAAGAUCUGACCUCCAAUUACACCAUUGGAUUCGGCAAGUUUGUGGACAAAGUCACAUCCCCUCAGACAGACAUGAGACCUGAGAAGUUGCGUGAACCCUGGAACAACGCUGACUCCCCCUUCUCCUUCAAGAAUGUCAUCCGCCUGACCAGCAACAUCAACUACUUCAGCCAGGAGCUCAGGAAAGAGCGCAUCUCCGGCAACCUGGAUGCCCCUGAGGGCGGCUUUGAUGCCAUCCUGCAGACAGCUGUUUGCGAGGAUAAGAUCGGCUGGAGGAAUGACAGCACUCACCUGCUCGUGUUCUCCACUGAAUCUGCCUUUCACUAUGAAGCUGAUGGUACCAACGUCCUGGCAGGGAUCCUGGCAAGAAAUGAUGAGAAGUGUCACCUAGACACCGAUGGCACCUAUGUGUAUGACACCAAGCAGGACUAUCCUUCGGUGCCCACCCUGGUGCGCCUGUUGGGUCGACACAACAUUAUCCCCAUCUUUGCUGUCACCAACCACUCUUACAGCUACUAUGAGAAGCUGCACAAGUAUUUCCCCAUCUCUGAGAUCGGGGUGCUCCAGGAGGACUCUUCCAACAUCGUGGAGCUGCUCCGCACAGCCUUUGAGCGCAUCCACUCCAAGAUGGACAUCCGGGCUGACUACGUCCCCAAAGCCUUGAAGACAGAGUUCACCUCCUCAGUGUAUGAAAAGACAGAAUCUGGCUCCUUCAACAUCACCCGUGGGAAAGUGGGCACAUUCAAUGUACGCUUGAAGGCGCUUAAGGACAUCGGUGGGCAGCACGUCUGCAGCCUCCCUAAGAAAGACCGUGAGGGAGUUAUCCACGUGAAACCCACGUCCCUGAGUGAUAGCCUCAAAGUCAGAGCCUCCAUCAUCUGUGAUGUGUGCUCGUGUGAACAACAACAAGAGUUAAGCUCGCACAAAUGCAGCUUCCAUGGGGACUUCAUUUGCGGACAGUGUAUCUGUCACCCGGGCUGGCGAGGGGACACUUGCAACUGCUCCCCGGCAUCGUCCCCCAACAACGAAGCCUGUAUCCGCCCUGGGGAUGUGGAGCCGUGCUCGGGCCGGGGCGAGUGCCUGUGUGGGAAGUGCCAGUGCUACUCUGAGGACCUGAAACAGCGUUUUGACGGGGCGUUCUGCCAGUACGAUGUCCUUCAGUGCCCACGCACCUCUGGCUUCCUCUGCAAUGAUCGCGGUCGCUGCUCUGAGGGUGCGUGUGUGUGCGAGAGCGGCUGGGAGGGUCCAGGCUGCGAAUGUCCCACAAGCAACGACACCUGCAUCGACAGCCGAGGGGGCAUUUGCAAUAACCAUGGGAGGUGCAAAUGCGGCAGAUGCAUCUGUGACAAGGCUUCGCUGUACACCAGCUCCACCUGCGAAAUCAGCUACUCCCUGGGUUUCCAGGCUGUGUGCGAGAGCAUCCGGGACUGCGUUCGCUGCCAGGCCUGGGGAACAGGCAACAUGAAAGGGAACUGCAGCACCUGCCACCUCCAGAUCCAGAUGGUGGAAGAGCUGAAGAAAGAGGAGGCCAGUGAGUACUGCUCAUUCCAGGAUGAGGAGGACGAUUGCACGUACCACUACAGCCUGGAGGGAGACCCCACCAUCUUCCCCAACACCACUGUCCGUGUGCAGAAGAAAAAAGAGUGCCCUCCGGGGAGCUUCCUCUGGCUCAUCCCACUCCUCAUCUUCCUCAUCCUGCUCCUGGGGCUGCUGCUCCUGCUCUGCUGGAAGUUCUGCACCUGCUGCAAGGCUUGCCUGGCCCUGCUUCCCUGCUGCGCACGAGGUCGCACUGUUGGCUUCAAGGAGGACCACUACAUGCUUCGCCACAGCCUCAUGUCCUCUGACCACCUGGACACCCCCAUGGUCCGCAGCGGGUCCCUCAAGGGUCGGGACACAGUCCGCUGGAAGAUCAACAACAAUGUUCACAAGCAGGGCUUCGCCUCCCUCACUGCCGCCAACCACAAAGAUCUCAUUCCCUACGGGCUGUCUCUGAGGCUGACCCGGCUUUUCACGCAGAACCUGGUGAAGUCGGACUCCCCGGAGUGCAAGCAGCUGCGGAAGGAAGUGGAGGAGAAUCUGAACGAUGUAUUCAAGCACAUUCCUGGCUGCCACAAGCUCCAGCAGACCAAGUUCAGGUUACAGCCCAAUUCUGGGAAAAGGCAGGACCACACCAUUGUGGACACAGUGCUCACUGCUCCUCGCUCAGCCAAGCCAGAGAUCAUCAAAGUGAUGGAAAAGCACGUUUCCCAUGAGGCUUUCAAUGACCUGAAGGUUUCACCGGGUUAUUACACUGUGACCUCAGACCAAGAUGCUCAUGGGAUGGUGGAGUUCCAAGAGGCUGUGGAGCUGGUUGAUGUCCGUGUCCCACUCUUCAUCAGGGAGGAUGAUGAUGAUGAGAAGCAGCUGCAGGUGGAGGCCAUUGAUGUCCCCACCGGCAUUGCAGACAUUGGACGCAGGAUUGUCAACAUCACUAUCAUCAAAGAACAAGCCAGCAGCCUCAUCACCUUCUCGCAGCCAGCCUAUUCCCACAGCCGCUUUGAUAAGCUGGCUAAGAUCCUUGUCCUCCGGGAGAUCAUAGACAACGGGAAAUCCCAAGUCACGUACAGGACACGAGAUCUCACUGCAAAGAACGGCAGGGACUACAUCUUCACAGAGGGUGACCUCGUCUUCCAGCCUGGGGAGACCCGAAAGGAGGUGCAGGUUCCCUUGCUGGAGCUGACUGAAAUAGAUACCCUCCUACACAACUUCCAGCUCAAGCAGUUCGCCAUCGACCUCCUCCAUCCCAAGUAUGGUGCCAAGAUCGGCCGAUACCCCCAGACCACAGUGACCAUCGCUGACCCAGAGGUGGUGGAUGGUGUCCCCUCAACAACUGGCCUGAACCAGGUCUCCCAGUCCCCCAAAGGCCGCCUGAGUGCACCACUUAAUCCCAAUGCCCACGCUCUCACCUCCAGGGAAAUCAGCUUCAGCUGGAUUUCUCCACCGGGAAAACCUCAGGGAUACAAGGUGAAAUACUGGGUCCAAGGGGACUCCGAGUCAGAAGCCCAUCUCAUCGAUGUCAAAGCACCAUCGGCUGAGCUGAGUAACCUCUACCCUUUCUGUGACUAUGAGAUGCAAGUCUGUGCCUACAACGCCAUGGGUGAAGGAGCUUACUCCGACAUCGUCCACUGCCGCACACUUGAGGAUGUCCCCAGCGAGCCUGGCCGCUUGGCUUUCAACGUUGUGUCUUCCACCGUGACACAGCUGAGCUGGGCUGAGCCUGCAGAAACCAAUGGGGAGAUCACGGCUUACGAAGUCAGUUACGGACUCGUUAACGAGGACAACAUGCCCAUUGGCCCAAUGAAGAAGGUGCUGGUUGGAGACCCAAAGAAGCGCAUGGUGCUGAUAGAAAACCUGCGGGAGUCCCAACCCUAUCGCUACAUGGUGAAGGCCAGAAAUGGUGCUGGCUGGGGACCUGAGAGGGAAGCCACUAUCAACCUCGCUACGCAGCCCAAGCGCCCUCUGUCCAUCCCCAUCAUCCCUGACGUCCCCAUCAUUGACGCAGAGGGAGGUGAGGACUACGACAGCUACCUGAUGUACAGCACAGAUGUGCUUCGCUCUCCAACUGGCAGCAAGCGUCCCAGUGUCUCUGAUGAUUCAGAACACUUGCUGAAUGGCCGGGUAGACUUCUCCUUCCCUGGCAGUGGCAGUGGCACACUGACAAGGACAACAAACACCAGCUACCACCAGCUGAGCUCACACAUGCAGCAGGAGCACAGGGUGAUGGGGAACUCCUCGCUGACAAGAGACUACUCCAUGAUGCUGAUGGGGCAUGACUCCAGGCCGCCACUGGGCAUCCCUGACACCCCUACACGCCUGGUGUUCUCUGCCCUGGGACCCACCUCCCUGAAGGUGAGCUGGCAGGAGCCACGCUGCGAGAAGGAGGUGCAGGGCUACAGCGUGCAGUACCAGCUCCUUAACGGAGGAGAGGUGCACCGACUCACCAUCCCCAACCCCAGCCAGAACUCGGUGGUGGUAGAGGACCUGCUGCCCAACCACUCCUACAUCUUCAAGGUGAAGGCACAGAGUGAGGAAGGCUGGGGCCCCGAGAGGGAAGGAGUCAUCACCAUAGAGUCCCAGGUGGACCCACAGAGCCCGCUCAGCCCUGUACCAGGUUCACCCUUCACGCUGAGCACACCCAGUGCUCCUGGCCCACUGGUUUUCACUGCCUUCAGCCCUGACUCCCUGCAGCUCAGCUGGGAGAGACCACGCAAGCCCAAUGGGUCCAUCCUGGGCUACAUGGUCACCUGUGAGAUGUUGCAUGGAGGAGGAGAGCCCAGGAAUAUCUAUGUCGAAGGAGACAAUCCAGAAACUACCCUGACUGUACCCCACAUGAGUGAGAAAGUCCCAUACAAGUUCAAGGUGCAAGCCAAGACCACCCAAGGCUUUGGGCCAGAGAGAGAAGGCAUCAUCAUCAUCGAAUCUCAGGAUGGAGGCACUUUCUCCCAGUUUGGAGGACAGCAGUACACAAGGGAGGAAGUGUACAACUUCCCCACUGAAUACACCACCAAAACCAGCAUCAGCCAUUCCUCUGCAGAUCCCAACUUCACAGAUGGCAUGCUCGUGACGGCCCAGCGAGUGGAGAGCGCCAGCAGCAUCCUCACCAAACAGGUCACCAAAGAGUUUGUGAGCCGGACCAUGAUGUCCAGUGGGACCCUCACCAAACAGAUGGAGAGGCAGUUCUACGAGGCCUGAGCCACGGCAGGCUGCCCACCAGCAGGACAUUUGUGUUCAGAUGGCAGGACUUUGUGGAAUGAUCCAAGAGUGCUUUAUUCAGACACUGCCAUGGUGCCUCCUAUGGGCACAGACCCUCCAUGGCACCGCAAGCUCUGAACCUCUUCUUUGGAGCCCAGCGCACUCAAAGCUCUGGCACGGUUGGGUCAUCAGGUGUGUACUCAUCCUUCAGGGUUUGUUCGCCCUGUCCCCAGUCCACAGGGAUGUCUUCCACAAACAAUCACCACUCGAUCCAAUACCACUCUUCAAUGCUCAUCCAUCCAAAUACGCCUGCCGAAAUUUGGGUGUCUCGAUGGCUCUAGUCUCCCCAGAUAAAUGGAACGGAUCCUCAGUUCUGAGAGGAUCCCAGCUGGCAACAUCCUGAUCUACAGAGAGUCACCAUUUCCAUCGUUGCCCCAGGCUCUCUGGCAAC